GCCAUUAUACUGUGCGACGUUCAGAAUGCUGCGGUGUCGCGUUCCCCUGCAAUUACCAGCUGCCCUAGCAGCGUCGCUGGUGUACCUGGUGGCCGGCGUGUCCGUCGGCUGGAGCUCGCCGCUGGUGCCGCGGCUGCAGCAGAACACAUCGCACAUCGUCAUCACGGCGGAGGAGGGCUCGUGGCUGGCGUCGACCGGCGCGCUGGUGGCGGCGCCGCCGUCGCUGCUGGCCGGCGUGCUGGUGGACGUGGUGGGCCGCAGAAGGAUGCUGCUCGCCUGCGCCCUGCCCUUCCUCGUCACCGCCGUCUGGCAGCGCUUCGCCUCCUCCUUCUGGGAGCUGCUCGCCAGCAACAUCCUCUCCGGCGUUGCGGUCGGCUUCAUCGUCCCCGUGUUUCCUCUCUAUGUGGUGGAGAUAGCACAGGACCACAUCAGAGGGUUACUGGUCUCGCUUGGUCCGCUGAUGGCCGGUGUAGGCGCCUUCCUGAUGAUGAUUGUGGCUUCCUAUGCACCAUUCGACGGCGUGACGCAGUUCAUGAUGGCCGGCCCCAUCGUGUUUGUGGCGUCGUUCUGGUGGAUGCCGGAGAGUCCGUACUUCUUGGUUGCCAAACACCGCUCGCAGGAGGCAGCGCAGGCCCUGAUGCGGUUGCAUGGGAAAAGCUCGAAUAAAGAGGUAAUAGGCGAGUUGGAGGCCAUCCAGAGGGCCUUAGAAGAGCGCACCAAGAACGAGAUCAGCGCCGCGGACGCCUUUCUGGAACUGCGGAGGAACGGCGGCGCGCGGAGGGCCUUCUUGCUGUCGAUUACUUAUGUGAUCGUACUGGUGUUCGGAGGCAGCGUCACCAUAGGCGUGUACUCGACGCAGAUCUUCCAGACCACCGGCAGCUCACUAGACGCCAGCGUGUCGGCCAUCAUCCUCUCCGCAGUCCAGGUCGCCUUCGGCAUCCUCGGAGUCCUCCUCGUGGAUCGAGUGGGCAGGAGACCCCUCGUACUCUUCUCGUUCGGAGGCUGCGCUGUAGCUGUGGCAGCACUGGGAACGUACUUCUACUUGAUGGAUUUCGGCAAUAAAGGAACCGUCGACAGCCUCUUCUGGUUACCAUUGACAGCGCUCAUUCUAUACUACAUUUCCUACGACAUGGGAGGCAGCACAUUACUGUGGGUGUUGAGCAACGAGCUGACCCCCGCGUCCGUCCGAGGAUUCUCCAACUCCUGCGUCGGCACCCUGUUGUCGGUGCUGUCGUUCGGCAUCACCAAGCUGUUCCAAGGGGUCGAAGACUCCUUCGGAACCUACGUCCCCAUCUGGUUUUUCUCCAUAUCUUCGUUUGUCGGGGUCAUCUUUGCGUGGUUCUUCAUCCCAGAGACUAAGGGCCGUUCUCUGGAGGACAUCACUGCCGAGAUGAGCGCUAAAGCGGAAGGGCUCCAUCGUGAGUCCUUAACGCGGAAGACGAGCCUCGACGAUGUUAGUGCUCUGCAGUAAUUUUUACGAGAUGUACAUGUAAGACACCGAACCUGAGACAAGAAUCUUGAAUGACCUAUCCAAACAGAAUCAGUUCUGUUUAGAAGGAACGCCUAAGAAUGUGUUCCCAAACUCAACUCUAGCUUUUUUUGAGAUUUCUUUAAGAUCUGAAAAGGGAAUCUCCCCAUCGCACCCCCCUCAGAUUUAGUUACAAUUUGGCACAGUGGAUAGGCCUUGAAAAACUGAACACAGAUCAAUCGAGAAAACAGGAAGAAGUUGUAUGAAACUAUGAAAAAAUAAGCAAAAUAUACUAACUGAGUAGUCCAUGGGCAGCAUAGGCAACAUCAAGGAUGAUAUGAGCACAGGCGCGCCGUGGUCCCGUGGUUACCGUGAACAGCUGCGGAGCGAGAGGUCCUUGGUUCAAGUCUUCCCUCGAGCGAAAAGUUUACUUACUUUAUUUUCGCAAUGUUAUGAUCUUUCCGGUCGUUCAUUGACGUCUCUGUUCACUAUAAUAAGUUCAGUGUCUGUGUGUUGCGACCGCACCGCAAAACCGUGCGAUUAGUAGACGAAAGGACGUGCCUCUCUAAUGGGAACCGAAAACAUUUGAUCGCAAGGUCAUAGGUCAACCGAUUCCACCACAGGAAAACACAUCUGAUAUAUUCUACACGACACUGGUGACGGCAUGUGCGUCACGACAGGAAUAUGUUGUCGACCCACCUAACUUGCACACUUGGCGAAUGGGUAAAAAGAUUCCUCUACCUUGCCCGAUUUAGGUUUUCUUGUGGAUGUGAUAAUCACUUCCAAAAAAGUGAUGAAAACAUAAGAGUGUGUCACAUAAACUGCAACAAAUGAAUGCAACAGUUUCACAGUCGCACAGUUUUCUCUGUGCUCUGUCAAAACAUAUGUUUUUAACGUUUUCAAAUUUUUCCGUGUGUUGAUCGUCAAAUCCUGCAUAUGUCCAAGCAAAUCUGAAAAUUUCCUGGAAUUUUGGAGAGCGAAGUUGAUUAUGUGUGAGUGCCUGAAGUCUGAUAAUUGUCUGAAAAUAAAAAAUUUUCACUCGAGGGAAGACUUGAACCACGGACCUCUUGUUACGCAGCUGCUCACGCUAACCACGGGACCAUGGCGCUCCUGAGCGCACAUCGUCCUUGAUGUUGCCUAUGUUGCCCAUGGACUGCUCCGUUUGUAUAUUUUGCUUAUUUUUUCAUAGUUCCACACAACUUCUUCCUGUUUUCUCGAUUGAUCUGUGUUCAGUUUUUCAAGGCCUAUCCACUGUGCCAACUUAUAACUGAAUCUGAGGGGGGUGCGAUGGGGAGGUUCCCUUGUGAGUAAAGUGGCGGAUUAUCGUGCUGAAGGGCUAAGUGCCAGGUUUGCAUUAAGAGGGUUUUCUACUUCGUUAGAUGGAAUGUGAAGAUGGUUUUUACAUGCUGAAAGGUCACUCACUAAUGAUGGCCGAUGGUACGAAGACCAGAAGAUGGCACGAGAGAUUACUCCUAUGGCUUGUUCAUGCCAAAUGAGGUAUGUGUAGAAUGUGUCAAACGAGUUCGCUGUUCUGGACAUGGGGAUUAUACCCUUCCGCUAGCUCCUCCCGUUUUGUAGCCUGAUUCUUGCGUGUCUUUAUCGGCGGUUCAAUGGACAGCGAAAACAAUAUGAAUAAUUCAGCAAAGGGAAGUAACAGAAUAUCUGGAAGCGCUAAAGGAAAGCGUGAGCCAAGGUGAGGAAUCAUUUUCUUCCUGAUGAUGUUAUGAACACCAUAGAAACACGUCGCAAAAAGGAACCUGUUAAAGUUGUUCAGGUGAAAGACAUUUUAUGGAUUUUCAGCCAGCAGCUGGUAUGAUCAUUAUUACAAAUGACACUAACAGAAGAUCUGCCUCGUGGAUUAAAGCCGCCAACGUUUGUGUUAUUCAGAAAAAAAAAGACAUUUGGUGCAACUGAGAGAUGGGACAUGAGUACUGAAAAGAGGCCAGCGAUGUGAAGAUUCCAAUACGAUCACAUGCAAUGAGGUCACUGGUGCAAAAGGAUAGUAUUCAUAGAAGAAAAGAGAUCUCAAAAGUGUGAUGGAAUACCUGCCUAAGGUGUACAAAAACUUUUAAAGUGACCUGUGCCAAGACAAAACAGUAAAAUGAUUACUAGAGGUAGAAACGCCGCAAAACUUGUGUGAUGGACUUAUUAGCCCCUUUAGCAUUUCAGCGCAAAAUAUAUUCAAAAGUCAGUGUUUAUUUGUUAUUUUGGAUUGUUCCAAGUGAUAAAUAGCUUCCCCAAAGUCAAUGAUAUAAGUGUUAGUGUGAAGU